AUGGAAAAGAAAGAAGAUGGAGAAAUAGAUCCAAAGUUUUGGGAACUCCUGUUAAGUGCUGACAAGAAAGACUAUGAGAGCCUGAUGUUGGAGUUUGGAGUCACUGACUUCCGCUUUAUGCUGAAGACACUGAAUGAGAUGAAGAAGGAGAGGGAGGAAGAGCAAGCUAAGGUAUAAUGUUAUAAUGUUAUUUACAAUAUCACAAGCUUAUAUUCCUGAGAUCAUAGAGAGUUCAGGGGGGCUGAGUAAAUCUUGAUAUUAAAGUAGUGGUCAAUGUCGUUUCUCCGUUUAAUUCACAUUUUUGUUUAUUCAGUUCAUUCAAAACCUAUCUAACCUGAAACAUAUUGAAGUUGGACCCGAUGGCUCUGCAACCUUUACAAUAGACAUGGAUCUCAUUGAACCAAGCAGUAGGAUCUUCCUCUACAAGGUUAGACUCAUGGACAGUGGAAGAAGGUUGAACAUACAGAUGUAGGAUCUUAAUUUGAGCCAGUUUGCUACAGCAGAAAUAUAAUCCUGCAGCAACAGGAAAUGUGAAUUAUUAUGUGGAUUAUAUUGAAUGGACAUUUUUGUAGGGAUUAACACAUUUUUUGUUAAGGCAAAUCAAGUCUGAAUUUUCAAAGUGAAAAUGACAAACUUUAGAAGCCUUUUUCAAACUGAAAAUAUAUUCAAAGUUUGCAUUUCCUGCCGAGCAGGAAAAAUUCUCAGCAACGAAAUUAAGAUCCUACAUCAGUAUGCACAUAAGUCAAUAACUAGUCAAUCUAUCUACAGUGGGGAAGAACAAGUAUUUGAUACACUGCUGAUUUUGCAGGUUUUCCUACUUACAAAGCAUGUAGAGGUCUGUAAUUUUUAUCAUAGGUACACUUCAAUUGUGAGAGACGGAAUCUAACAAAAAUCCAGAAAAUCAAAUUGUAUGAUUUUUAAGUAAUUCAUUUACAUUUUAUUGCAUGACAUAAGUAUUUGAUACAUCAGAAAAGCAGAACAUAAUAUUUGGUACAUAAACCUUUGUUUGCAAUUACAGAGAUCAUAUGUUUCCUGUAGGUCUUGACCAGGUUUGCACACACGGCAGCAGGGAUUUUGGCCCACUCCUCCAUACAGACCUUCUCCAGAUCCUUCAGGUUUCGGGGCUGUCGCUGGGCAAUACGGACUUUCAGCUCCCUCCAAAGAUUUUCUAUUGGGUUCAGGUCUGGAGACUGGCUAGGCCACUCCAGGACCUUGAGAUGCUUCUUACGGAGCCACUCCUUAGUUGCCCUGGCUGUGUGUUUCGGGUCGGUGUCAUGCUGGAAGACCCAGCCACGACCCAUCUUCAAUGCUCUUACUGAGGGGAGGAGGUUGUUGGCCAAGAUCGAGAUACAUGGCCCCAUCCAUCCUCCCCUCAAUACGGUGCAGUCGUCAUGUCCCCUUUGCAGAAAAGCAUCCCCAAAGAAUGAUGUUUCCACCUCCAUGCUUCACGGUUGGGAUGGCGUUCUUGUGGUUGUACUCAUCCUUCUUCUUCCUCCAAACACGGCGAGUGGAGUUUAGACCAAAAAGCUCUAUUUUUGUCUCAUCAGACCACAUUACCUUCUCCCAUUCCACCUCUGGAUCAUCCAGAUGGUCAUUGGCUAACUUCAGACGGGCCUGGACGUGCGCUGGCUUGAGCAGGGGGACCUUGCGUGCGCUGCAGGAUUUUAAUCCAUGACGGCGUAGUGUGUUACUAAUGGUUUUCUUUAAGACUGUGGUCCCAGCUCUCUUCAGGUCAUUGACCAGGUCCUGCCGUGUAGUUCUGGGCUGAUCCCUCACCAUCCUCAUGAUCAUUGAUACCCCACAAGGUGAGAUCUUGCAUGGAGCCCCAGGCCGAGGGUGAUUGACCGUCAUCUUGAACUUCUUCCAUUUUCUAAUAAUUGCGCCAACAGUUGUUGCCUUCUCACCAAGCUGCUUGCCUAUUGUCCUGUAGCCCAUUCCAGCCUUGUGCAGGUCUAUAAUUUUAUCCCUGAUGUCCUUACACAGCUCUCUGGUCUUGGCCAUUGUAGAGAGGUUGGAGUCUGUUUGAUUGAGUGUGUGGACAGGUGUCUUUUAUACAGUUAACGAGUUCAAACAGGUGCAUUUAAUACAGGUAAUGAGUGGAGAAUAGGAGGGCUUCUUAAAGAAAAACCAACAGGUCUUUGAGAGCCGGAAUUUUUACUGGUUGGUAGGUGAUCAAAUACUUAUGUCAUGCAAUAAAAUGCAAAUUAAUUACUUAAAAAUCAUACAAUGUGAUUUUCUGGAUUUUUAUUUUAAAUUCCGUCUCUCACAAUUGAAGUGUACCUAUGAUAAAAAUGACAGACCUCUACAUUCUUUGUAAGUAGGAAAACCUGCAAAAUCGGCAGUGUAUCAAAUACUUGUUCUCCCCACUGUAUGUACCUUGUGUCACUCUAUCACAAUGUAAAUUGCUACCAUCGUUCAUUUUAUACCAGUAAUCUGUUGGUGAAUGAAUGAAUGCUACCAAUGACACAGUAUGUACCUUGAGUUUCUAUCGUUUAUGUGAACAGACUUAAAGUUGCAGUAAAAUCCACAGUAAAAUACUUGACAAAGACAGUACAGUUCUGUUGCUGAUUACAGUUGUUCAUUCCAUUGUGUUUUCCCAAGAGAAAAAGUAUUUUACAAUUCUCCCCACAGGAUGGAGUGAUGAUUCCAUACACCAAGGAAUUGGGAGAUUCAAUGAAACACAGCCUUAAGAUAGUGGGCCGAAAAUAUCAGUUCAGCGUAAGGGAUCUGUUUCCUGAUGACGCUGGGCUCUACCAGGUGGAUGUUGAGGACGUAAAUGUAUUCUCCACCGAUUUUAAGAGUAAGUUCAGCAAUACACUCUCAGAAAAAAAGGGUUCCAAAAGGGUUCUUCAGCGGUCCCCAUGGGAGAACCCUUUUUGGUUCUAGGUAGAACCCUUUUUGGUUCCAUGUAGAACCCUCUGUAGAAAGGGUUCUACAUGGAACCAAAAGGGUUCUACCAGCAACCAAACAUGAUUCUUCAAAGGGUUGCCCUAUUGCGACAGUCGAAGAACCCUUUAUGGUUCUAGAUAACACCUUUUUUUCUAAGAGUGUAUCCAUCCACACACCUUAGGUCAAUAUUCCCAGUGUUAUGUAGAGCAAUAACAAUGGAUGACUAUUUUGCAAGCAACGUAUGUGCAAUAAUUGAAUAAUUUAAUACAGACAUUGUAUCCAGUCUGAAUGAGAAUGGGUUUAAGUGUAUCUAAAAUAUUAUAUACAGUACAUAUAUAAAUAAAAAUAGGAAGGACAAAUGUCUGCCAUGCAUGUUUAGUUAUUAAUAAACUGGGUACCAGAUUGCUCGCUCAUCAAUGACGUGUCUUUUUCAGUUCCCAUGGUGGACUUCCUGGUCAAGAUUCAGGAAUGUAAGGCCAUGGAGAGAGAGGAUGCUGUGUUUGAGUGUGUCCUGUCACAACCCUUCAGCAAGAUCAUGUGGGUUGGCAAGAACUUACCAUUGGAGGCAGGGGACAAAUAUGAUAUUGAGGUUUCAGAAGACAAGCUCAUCCACAGACUAAUCAUUAAAGACGUUGCAAUGGUGGACAAAGGCAUCUAUGCAGCUGUGGCAGGAAUCAAAUCUUGCAAUGCCUUUCUUGUUGUUGAAGGUAAGAUGAUGUACUGCACCAGUACCAUUUUGCUGUCAUUCCACUGUUGACUCCAUGUUGAAUCCAAGUUAACUCCAUGUUGACUCCAUGUUGACUCCAUGUUGACUCCAAGUUAACUCCAUGUUGACUCCAUGUUGACUCCGUGUUUGACUCACUCAAUCUCUCCGGUCAUGUCUUUGGUCCAGCCGACAAGAGUGAACCCGGCAAAAAGAAACAACGUAAAACCACAAGGGCCGGAGGAGCUGGAGUUGACCUGAUGGCAAUUGCCCAAGAGCAGGCCGUUAAAAACACAGCAGACAGAGAGGUGCUGAUGGAGAAGGUGAAAGCAAUCAAGGAAGAGAGAGCUGCUAAUGACCCUGCAGCACCUGAGACUGGAGCUAAAGCUAAAGCUAAAGCUAAGGUGGUAGAGGCUUCCCAAACAGGUAAGGACACUGAUUGCACGUGUGACAGAGAUCCAACUUAAUCUUAUUCCAAGUCAUUUUGUAGAACAAACUCUUAAAUUCUCUUUUCAGUCUUUUCUAUUAUCCAUGUACAACACAUGGACGUGUACGAUAGAGUACAUGGUUCUGUCUGAACUGUAUCCUGAUCAUUAAUAUUAUCUCAUUCCAGGUCAUUUUGUAGUUCAUUGAUAUUUACGUUGAAGUAUCAUAUAGCAGAUAUUUGGCAUGGAAUAUAUCAUUUAAAAUGCAUUCCUGACCGUCAUUGACUAGUUGUGAUGGUGGUUAAUACUGUAGGAGCACCAAAACAGGCACCGGCAGUUGAAGGGUCUGACCGUAAAUCUGUGGAUAAUAAGGGUAAGAUACCAUGAGGGAUGUGUUUACCUCUGCAUGGAUACCAUGUCAAAUAUGGAAGCCAUUUGAGACAUAAUGGCUUUGACAGUUUGUGUGUUUUCCUCAUGAUUGAGUAUCUUGUUUGUCUACUUCACAGCACUUCAAAACAACUGAUACCUUAUACAGUGCAUUCGGAAAGUAUUCAGACCCCUUGACUUUUUCCCUAUUUGUUACGUUACAGCAUUAUUCUAAAAUUUAUUAAAUAGUUUUUUUCCCUCAUUAAUCUACACACAAUUCCCCAUAAUGGCAAAGCAAAAACAGGUUAUAAGAAUAAAAUAAAUGGAAAUAUCACAUUUACAUACGUAUUCAGACCCUUUACUCAGUAAUUUGUUGAAGCACCUAUGGCAGCAAUUACAGCCUCAAGUCUUCUUGGGUAUGACGCUACAAGCCUGGCACACCUGUAUUUGGGGAGUUUCUCACAUUCUUCUCUGCAGAUCCUCUCAAGCUCUGGCAGGUUGGAUGGGGAGCAUCGCUGCACAGCUAUUUUCAGGUCUCUCCAGAGAUGUUCGAUCGGGUUCAAGUCCGGGCUCUGGCUGGGCCACUCAAGGACAUUCAGAGACUUGUCCCGUAGCCAUUCCUGCAUUGUCUUGGCUGUGUGCUUGGGGUCGUAGUCCUGUUGGAAGGUGAACCUUCACCCCAGUCUGAGGUCCUGAGAGCUCUGGAGCAGGUUUUCAUCAAGUAUCUCUCUGUACUUUGCUCUGUUCAUCUUUCCCUCUAUCCUGACUAGUCUCACAGUCACUGCCACUGAGAAACAUCCCCACAGCAUGAUGCUGCCACCACCAUGCUUCACCGUAGGGAUGGUGCCAGGUUUGCUCCAGACAUGACGCUUGGCAUUCAGGCCAAAGAGUUCAAUCUUGGUUUCAUCUGACCAGAUAAUCUGAGAGUCUUUAGGUGCCUUUUGGCAAACUCCAAGCAACCUGUCAUGCACCUUUUAGUGAGGAGUGGCUUCUGUCUGGCCACACUACAAUAAAGGCCUGAUUAGUGGAGUGCUGCAGGUAUGGUUGUCCUUCUGGAUGAUUCUCCCAUCUUCACAGAAGAACUCUGGAGCCAUGUCAGAGUGCCCAUCGGGUUCUUGGUCACCUCCCUGACCAAGGCCCUUCUCCCCUGAUUUUUCAGUUUGGCCGGGCGGCCAACUCUAGGAAGAGUCUUCUUGGUGGUUCCAAACUUCUUCUAUUUAAGAAUGAUGGAGGCCACUGUGUUUUUGGGGACCUUCAAUGCUGCAGAAUGGUUUAUGGUACCCUUCCCCUCUAUGGACAAUUCCUUCGACCUCAUGACUUGGUUUUUGCUCUGACAUGCACUGUCAACUGUGGGACCUUAUACAGAUAGGUGUGUGCCUUUCCAAAUCAUGUCCAAUCAAUUGAAUUUACAACAGGUGGACUCCAAUCAAGUUGUAGAAACAUCUCAAGGAUGAUCAAUGGAAACAGGAUGCACCUGAGCUCAAUUUCGAGUCUCAUAGCAAAGGGUCUGAAUACUUCUGUAAAUAAGGUAUUUCAGUUUUUUUGUUUUUAUAAAUUAGCAAAAAUUCUAAAAACCUGUUUUCGCUUUCUCAUUAUGGAGUAUUGUGUGUAGAUUAAUGAGGACACAUUUUUAUUUAAUCAAUUUUAGAACAAGGCUGUAAUGUAAUACAAUUUUGAAAAAGUCUAAAUACUUUCCGAAUGCACUGUAGUGGUUUAUAGACUAGACCAGUGUCUCUCCACCUCCAACCUCCAAUCGGUGGACUGGCACAUUGCUGACCGGUCCCAAGGAUGGUUCACUAAGACUGAUUCCAUCAGCUCUAAAGUGCUAGUUUGAACAAAGUGGUCUUCUAAGGAGGAAGGACCACAGCUUACUGGGUUGAGAGGUUGAGAAACACUGCACUUGAUUUUGGGUUUACCUUCAUGAUCAGCUAAGGUCAAGUCAACGUCUUUGGUUUGUUGUAUUACACCAUAAUUCAUAGUGUAAUACAUUCAGUGUCGUUGCUUGACUUUAUUAUUUUGUUUUGUUCUGUUUGUUUACUAGACCGUUUCUGCUGCUUGGUUCUUAUCCUUUAUUGCAGAAUGAACACAGACACUGUGCUUUCUAAAAUGUGUUUUCCAUUUACCAAUCAAAAUACAUUUAGCUGACAUGGGCUAAUUGAGUGAUUGCUGAUGCAAAACCAAAUUUUGAAAUUGCAACUUGUGUAUUCUAUUAUUCUAACUCAACAGUAAGUUGAGACCCUGACUGGGUUCCCCCGCCCAAAAAAAAUUAUAUAUAUACUGUAUAUAUUUUUGGUAUUUAUUAUUAUAGGUCCGUGGGCCUCCAAAAGGGGGACCAUGCUCCCCGUGGGUCUCCAGUUGUCCAUUCCUGAUCUAUGUGUAUUUUAUGCUUAUACAUUUAGUGUCAUGCUUUUGUCAGUAGGCCCUGCUCUCGCCCUCAUGAACACAUUUCAAGUUGUAAACACAAAAUAUUGUAUGUUCUGACAUUUUAUUCAUGUUACUUUAUUCAUCUUAAGUGCAAUUGACACAUCAUUGGUCCAUUUUAAUGCACUCAUCUAUAACAGUUUGUCAAAUCUACAUGAUAUUCUAGUGGGUAAUCUUAGUUAAUCUUCCUUAGUUAAUAUUACUGAAUUUACUGAACUCCUGUUGAAGGUAAGUGUGCAACUAUAAUAUAUACGAAACAAUUGUAAUCCUAUUUGCAUAUUGGGAAGAACGCUAUAUUAGUUUCACGUUAGCUAAGUAUUAGACUAAAAUGUUUUGCUGAGAAAAUUAAAGGAUUUAAUCAUAUCAGUUGUAAAUGGAACCCCUAUUAACUAGUUAUAACCACUGAUAGGUGAUUUAGAUGGAUCUGGAGAAGGUAAUGGAGGCAGUGGUGACAGUGGUAAGAGAGAUACUGAGAACUGCAUUGAACCAAUAACCUUACUGAGAUAAGAGUGGUCCUAAGUUAUAUGAGUGCCCAGUUUACCUAACAGUUUUUUUGUCAUGUACUGCUUCUUGACUUAACAAAGUCAUUUGACCUAAAUCUAGAAAUUAAUGGAUAAUGUUUCUAACAUUAACUACACCAAUUGGUCAAAAUAUAAAACAACAUAAUCCUACAUUUUAUUUGUUUUAACCCCCUUUCUACAGUGCCUUGCAAAAGUAUUCAUCCCCCUUGGCGUUUUUCCUAUUUUGUUGCAUUACAACCUGUAAUUUAAAUGGAUUUUGAUUUUGGAUUUCAUGUAAUGGACAUACACAAAAUAGUCCAAAUUGGUGAAGUGAAAUGAAAAAAAUGACUUGUUUCAAAAAAUUCAAAAAAAUAAAUAACGGAAAAGUGGUGCGUGAAUAUGUAUUCACCCCCUUUGCUAUGAAGCCUCUAAAUAAGAUCUGGUGCAACCAAUUACCUUCAGAAGUCACAUAAUUAGUUAAAUAAAGUCCACCUGUGUGCAAUCAAAGUGUCACAUGAUCUGUCACAUGAUCUCAGUAUAUAUACAACUGUUCUGAAAGGCCCCGGAGUCUGCAACACCACUAAGCAAGGGGCACCACUAAGCAAGCGGCACCAUGAAGACCAAGGUCCUCUCCAAAUAGGUCAGGGACAAAAGUUAUGGAGAAGUACAGAUCAGGGUUGGGUUAUAAAAAAAUAUCAGAAACUUUGAACAUCCCACGGAGCACCAUUAAAUCCAUUAUUAAAAAAUUGAAAGAAUAUAGCACCACAUCAAACCUGCCAAGAGAGGGCUGCCCACCAAAACUCAUGGACCAGGCAAGGAGAGCAUUAAUCAGAGAGGCAACAAAGAGACCAAAGAUAACCAUGAAGGAGCUGCAAAGCUCCACAGCGGAGAUUGGAGUAUCUGUCCAUAGGACCACUUUAAGCCGUACACUCCACAGAGCUGGGCUUUACGGAAGAGUGGCCAGAAAAAAGCCAUUACUUAAAGAAAAAAAUAAGCAAACACAUUUGGUGUUCGCCAAAUGGCAUGUGGGAGACUCCCCAAACGAAUGGAAGAAGGUACUCUGGUCAGAUGAGUCUAAAAUACCUAAAAAACCUGCUUUGUCAUUAUGGGGUAUUGUGUGUAGAUUGAUGAGUAAAAAAAUUUAUUGUAUGAGUUUCAGAAUAAGGCUGUAACUUAACAAAAUGUGGGAAAAGGGAAGGGGUCUGAAUACUUUCCAAAUGCACUGUAUAGUAUAACUGAAUUGUAAAGUAGAGACUGAAGUGAAAUAUUUAAAACUGAGAGUUGUCUGGUUGUAAUCAUUAAUAGGCCAGUCAAAUAGUGAAGGCCCACCGGCGCCCACUGUGCCUGGCCAGCCAGUCGGAGACAGUACUGGUAAGACUUUGCGAGAUUCAAUUGAAUAUUGAAUGGAUGCAAUAACAUAUAUGAAUAACAUUAUGCUAUUCAUAUGAAAUCACCUGUAUCUGAUUACUCAGGAAUGUUUCUAAUAAGUGGUAAGCGAGAUAUUGAGUAUUGAAUGGUUGCAAUAACAUAUAUGAAUAACAUUAAGUUAUUCAUAUGAAAUCAUUUAAAUUUUAAUCUGAAUUACUGAGGCUUUUUAGAGUGUUUCUACAAUCAAUUAAUAUAUUACUGGCUUGUCAAAAUGAUUGCAUUUAACUUUUUUUUGCAUAUGAUCUCAUACUCUUUUGGAUGUGAAUAUAUGAACUGAAACGCUUGCAGUGGUGUUUGUAUAUACAACCAAGGAAGAGGAUGCCACAAUAACCUGUACGCGAAAGCAUACUUUAAUCCUCAAACAACUUUGACUUAGACUCUGAAUUGCAGUUACCUUUUCUUCUGCGUUCUUCCCUCCUUGUCCUGGAGAGGCUUUUGUCCCAUCCCAGCAUAAACACGUCCUUGAUGACUAGUUGAUAGUCCAGGUGUGCCCUACUUAGAUGUGUGGCGGGAUGUGUAAUGACAUUGUGACUUUGAUAUUUCUCUGACCCCACAUUGUGUGCAUUUUGUCCGUUUACGGCUUGUUACUAAGAACCAUAUGUGGCCCUACUGAGAAACUGUUGAUUAUUAAACACGUCCUAAUCCAGAUUACACUAACAUGAUAUUUAACUAUGAUAAUGAUAUUUAACUAUGUCUAUGAUAAUGAUAUUUAACUAUGAUAAUGAUAUUUAACUAUGUUUAUGAUCAUAAUAUUUAACCAUGAUAAUGAUAUUUAACCAUGACAAUGAUAUUUAACCAUGUAUCCAUUAAGCAAGUGGAAACAGGUAAUUGGGAAAUGUUUGUCCAGCCAGAGUUUUAAUAUAUGGCUCCAGUCCAGACUAGCAGUCUGUAGAAAUUGUGAUUCAAUCAUCAAUUUCAAAGUAGCUUGUCUUAUUUUUGUAAGGUAAGUGCAUAUACAUGCAUUAAUAUGCUGCUCAACCGUGUUUUUAACACACAUAGACCGAAUGUGUAAAAGCAUUCACAGAACCAAAUAAAAAACACUAUUACAUGUAACAUUAUAAACAGGGUGGUUCGAGCCCUGAAUGCUGAUUGGCUGACAGCCAUGGUAUAUCAGACCGUAUACUAUUCAUGUGAGAGAAAAAAUUUAUUUGUACUGCUCUAAUUACGUUGGUAACCAGUUUACCUCGGGUUUUGUGAUAUAUGGCCAAUAUACCAUGGCUAAGGGCUGUGUCCAGGCACUCCACGUUGCGUCGUGCUUAAGAACAGCCCUUAGCCGUGGUAUAUUGGCCAUAUACCACACCUCCUCAGGCCUUAUUGCUUCAUUAGAAAAUAGCAAAAACAGAACGGUAUCUUUACUUCAUUAUUUUCUUCACAGUAGAUUACUCCAUUACUCCACUAGUAAUAGCUGUGAAUACAAACCAACGCAUAGAUGCUAAUUGUUUUGUAUAUUGUGCUGUCUAGGAUACAGCAUUAAGAGUGGACUCUCGGAUCUCUUCGCUCUCCGUGGCAAGAAAGGGGAACUGGUUUGUGAGAUGAGCCAUGAAGUUAAUGGGGCCUGGUUCAAGGAUGGAGAGAAGGUAAUGGCUUUAUAGUAGAAAUUACUACAACAGUGUUCACGCGAUUCAAUUCCUUUGAAUAGGUCGUCAAGUUGGUCCUGACACUGACCUGACCAGGAAAAAACUCCAUAAGUGGACAAAACAUUUCAAUUGAGCUCUUUUUUUAUCACAAACAAUUUGACCUUACUUUGGCUUUGCCUUUUCAGUUAUCCACCACAGAUGGGCUAGCCAUAGUGAAAGACGGAAAGAGACACACGCUGACCAUUCAUAGCAGCAGUGAAGAUGACGCUGGAGUCUAUCACUUUGAAGCAGAAGGAUUUAAAUCAGAGGCAAAAGUCACUGUGGGAGGUAUGACGGCUGUACAUUGAACUGUACCUCACAUUUUAGUUUGGUAGACUAUGGAGCAUUAAGCAGUCUUGUGUUUCUUUCUUUUACAUCCUAGAUGUGCCCGGCUUUGAUGCUGAUGACCUCCACAAGUUUUCUAAGCCUGUGACAGUAAAAGUGGGCCAGAAUGCGUCCUGGAAGAUGCCUUAUACACCACAGGACAACUUGGAGGUGAAAUGGUUUAAGGAUGGCAAACAGCUGAAGGAUGGUGGUGGGGUGAAGUUGGUGAAGGAGGUCAACCACAGCCGGCUGAUGCUCCGGGAAUGUUUGCGUUCUGACGCUGGGGAGAUCAAGAUUCAACUCAAAAACCCAUUUGGCACUAUAGAGGCCAAAUCUCGACUGAUUGUUCUUGGUGAGAAGACCAAAUUGUUGUUGAUUUUUCUAUUGGCUAUGUAUGCAGUGACAAUUCCACAUCCAGAAAUACUUCUGCAACACGAUUGAGGUCAUACUUUACCACAAUGUGUCCCCGACAGGCAAGCCCGGCCCACCAGAAGGCCCAGUGGAAAUCUUGGAGACCAACUCCACUGUGAUUGAGCUGCAGUGGGGCACUCCUAAGGACAACGGUGGCUCCCCGCUGACUAACUACAUCAUUGAGCGCCAGCAGCUGGGACAGACAAUGUGGAAGAAGAUGGGGGAUGUCGCAGCUGACAAAACCACCUACAGGGACAGGAAUGUGGUCCAUGGGAAACUGUACAUCUACAAGAUCUACGCAGUGAACCCAGAGGGGACCAGUGAUGCACUGCAGACAGAGGAAACAAUGGCUGGCGUACUGAGUGAGUAGAAUCUGAAAAGAAACACCCUUAUGCCAAAUCAUUGGUCCACAUGCCGAAACAUUGGUCCACAUGCCGAAACAUUGGUCCACAUGCCGAAACAUUGGUCCGCAUGCCGAAACAUUGGUCCACAUGUCCAAACAUUGGUCCACAUGCCGAAACUUUGGUCCACAUGUCCAAACAUUGGUCCGCAUGCCGAAACAUUGGUCCACAUGUCCAAACAUUGGUCCGCAUGUCCAAACAUUGGUCCGCAUGUCCAAACAUUGGUCCGCAUGUCCAAACAUUGGUCCUCAUGUCCAAACAUUGGUCCACAUGUCCAAACAUUGGUCCACAUGUCCAAACAUGGGUCCACUCACUCUAUCAGUACCUGAGAGUGUAAUAAAAUGUGUUACUUGGGUGAGCCAAUGGUGAGCCUCAUUCCUCCAUCUCUACCGUACUUGUUCAUUGUUUUCAUUAUUAUUUUAUCUUAUCUCCAUGUAUUAGUAUUUGCUGGCCGACCAGGAGCACCCAAAGUGGUCAGCGCGUCAAAGACCUGCAUCAACCUGAAAUGGGAGCCCCCGGAAGAUGACGGAGGAAUUAAGAUUGAUGGCUAUCAACUGGAGAAACGCAAGAAGGACACAGCUCAGUGGAUCGCUUUGAACCCAGUCACUGAGCCUAUUGAAGGUCUGGAUUUCAGAUUACAAAUUGUUGGUCUUUUUUUAAAUAGAGAAUUUGACACAUCAUGCCCAUCAUCAGGUUGGCAUUUAUUGAGAUGCCUCAUGCUCUGCGGGGUAGUCACUAGCUGGCACAGUCACAAAGUCAUACAAUCUGAUUUUAAACAAAACCUUAACCACACUGCUAACCCUAAUGCCUAACCCUAACCUUAAAUUAAGAACGUCAAUCAAAUAGAUGUCAAUCAGAAUACUUUGUUCUGGAAGCUGGAUGAAAUAAGGAUGCAGAUGUUACCUUUCAAAUGCAUUUUCUUGUAUAUACUUCAACCAUAGUGCUGGAGUAUGCGGUGAAAGAUGUUGUUGAGGGGGCGGAGUAUGAGUUCAGGGUAUCGGCCAUCAAUGUUUCUGGGGCGGGAGAGUUCAGUCUCCCCUCUGUGAUGGUGACUGCAAAGAAUCCCAACAGUAAGUCUCCUCAAUUAUCCAUCUGCAUGCAGUCUGUAGAAGUAAGAGAUGACCAUUUAUUUGUCCACCAGCAAUAAACUUAAAAUGUUGUUUGCCUCAGUCCAGAGGAAGAAAAUGACCUGGUAGAGCCAAUGUGUGGCCAGUGUCGAACACUUCCUAAAAAUACACUUCCUGUUUGUUUGUUUUUCAGUGAAGCCUACAUUCAAAGAUCCAGAGGACUUCAUGGUGAUCAGGGCGGGAAAUUCUGUGAGAAUCAAAGUUCUGUAUGAGGUAAUCAACAAAAUAAAAUAAAAUGUAUUGAUCGUGUACACAGAUGUGCAGAUGCUAUCGCUUGUGUUUCUAGCUACAACAGUGUCGGAAUCCCUAGCAAUAAAACAUUAAAAUAAAAAAACACACACAUAAUCCCCCCCCCCAAAAAAUAAAGUAGUAAUUAAGAAAGCAAUGUCAGAGACCGGAAUAUAAAUGCACACUCAUCAGCCAGUUUAUUAGGUACACCACCAUGUUCAUGAAAAGGGUUCACUCCUACAGACAGUGAGUCACGUUGCCGUGGCUUGCUAUAUAAAGCAGGCAGACAGGCAUCGGAGCAUUCAGUUACUGUUUGAUUGAACGUCAGAAUGGGCAAAACGAGCGACUUUGAGCGUGGUAUGUAUGAUCGUCGGUGCCAGACAGGCCGUUCCAGUAUCUCAGAAACAGCUGGCCUACUGGGCUUUUCACAAGACAGUGUGUAGGGUUUACUGAGAAUGGUAUGACAAACAAAAAACAUCCAGUCAGAGGCAGUCCUGUGGGCGAAAACAGCUCGUUGACGAGAGGUCGAAGGAGAAUGGCAAGAAUUGUGCAAACUAACAGGUGGGCCACAAACAGGCAAAUAACGGUGCAGUACAACAGUUGUGUCUAGAACGGCAUCUUGGAACGGAUGGGCUAUAGUAGCAGACGACCACACCGGGUUCCACUCCUAUCAGCUAAAAACAAGAAGAAGCAGCUCCAGUGGGCACGAGAUCACCAUCACUGGACAAUUGAGGAGUGGAAAAACAUUGCCUUGUAAUGGUCUGCUGAUGGCAGUCAGGAUUUGGAGUAUGGGCCGCAUCCUGACUGGUGUCAACGGUACAGGCUGGUGGAGGUGGUGUAAUGGUGUGGAGAAUGUUUUCCUGCCACACGUUAGGUCCCUUCAUACCAAGUGAGCAACGUUUCCAUGCCCGAAGAAUUCAGGCUGUUCUUGCAGGAAAGGGGGGUCCGAACGCUACUAGAUGGGUGUACCUAGUGGUGUGUAAAGAUAGCAUGGAUAUUAUAUGAAUAGAAAAGGUGUGUACGGGCCUCCCAAGUGGCGCAGCGGUCUAAGGCACUGCAUCGCAGUGCUAGAGGUGUUACUACAGACCCGGGUUCAUUCCUGGGCUGUGCCACAACCGGCCGUGGCCGGGAGUCCCAUAGGACGGUGCAAAAUUAGCCCAGUGUCGUCCGGGUUAGGGGAGGGUUUGGCCAGGGGGGCUUUACUUGGCACAUCGCGCACUAGCGACUACUUGUGGCGAGCCGGGUGCCUGCAGGCUGACCCAAGUUGAACAGUGUUUCCUCCGACACAUUGGAUCUGGCGGGUGUUAACGAGCGCGGUUAUGCGGGUCAUGUUUCGGAGGACACAUGACUCUCCCGAGCCUGUUGGGGAGUUGAAGGGAUGAGACAAGAUCAAUAAAGGGGUGUAAAAAAAACAAAUAAUGUACAACAGCAAAACAUGUGGCAAAUCCAACCAACAGUUGUUCUCUCUAAUCUAAUGCUGUUGAAAUUGUCUUUAGGCUGAGCCUCCACCAGAGAUCACUUGGAUGAAGGACGAUGAGCCUGUAUCCGGUUUUAUACAGAUCAUCAACACAGAGGGCUGUUCCCAGCUUGUGAUCCCCUCAUCAACACGCUCUGAUUCAGGAAACUUCACCAUUGUGGCUAAGAAUAAAGUUGGAGAGGCCAGCUUUGACAUUGAGGUCCUGGUCACAGGUAAUUCCAAAUACCCCUUUGUUAUUAUGUUCUACUGGCAAAAGAAGAUAUCCUUGUGUGACCUGGUUAGAUUGUCCUACAAAACUUUGUAUGAACAAGACAUGACUGUUGAAGUCUUUAACUGUUGAAAUCUUCUACUGCUGAGGUCUUAUACCGUUGAAGUCUUAUGCUGUUGAGGUCUUCUACUGUUGAAGUCUUCUACUGUUGAAGUCUUAUACUGUUGAAGUCUUAUACUGUUAAAAUAUUAUACUGUUAAAUUAUUCUACUGUUGAAGUCUUCUACUGUUGAAGUAUUCUACUGUUGAAGUAUUCUACUGUUGAAAUCUUCUACUGUUGAAGUCUUCUACUGUUGAAGUAUUCUACUGUUGAAGUAUUCUACUGUUGAAGUCUUAUACCGUUGAAGUCUUAUACUGUUGAAGUCUUAUACCGUUGAAGUCUUAUACUGUUGAAGCCUUCUACUGUUGAAUUAUUCUACUGUUGAAGUCUUGUACUGUUGAAGUUUUCUACUGUUGAAGUAUUCUACUGUUGAAGUCUUAUACUGUUGAAGUCUUAUACUGUUGAAGUCUUAUAAUUUGAAGUCUUAUUCUGUUGAAGUCUUAUACUGUUGAAGUCUUCUACUGUUGAAGUCGUAUACUGUUGAAGUCUUAUACUGUUGAAGUUUUAUACUGUUGAAGUCUUCUACUGUUGAAGUAUUCUACUGUUGAAGUCUUCUACUGUUGAAAUAUUCUACUGUUGAAAUCUUAUACUGUUGAAGUCUUCUACUGUUGAAGUCUUCUACUGUUGAAGUAUUCUACUGUUUAAGUCUUAUACUGUUGUGGUCUUCUACUUUUGUGGUCUUCUCACUGGGACAAAUUCUAAGUAAUCUUGCACUUAUCAUAUCAAUCAGAGAUUUAAAAAAUGAAUUACACAAGCACAUCUUCAUAUAGGAUUCAGUCUCGUCAUAUACUGCAAAACCUCUGUUAGCCUAUGUAACUGAUAUUCUCCUCUCUUGUGUGGUGCCAGAUGAGCCAAAGCCUCCCGGUGCAGUGGAGCUGGAGCAGAUUGUCCAUGGCAAAGUCAUUGUGUCCUGGGAGGCCUCUCCAGACCAGGAGCUGGACAACAGGCUGUAUUACAUGGUGGCCGAGCACGACUCCAGCACACGCAUGUGGCACACUGUGGCAGACCGCAUCUUUGACAACUCAUAUACGGCCAAUAACAUCAUGCCUGGAAGGGAGUACCACUUCAAAAUCUAUGCCAAGAACGACAUGGGCAUGUCAGACCCCUCCAUGUCACCCACCUGGGGCAUCAACAGCAACAGAAGUGAGUUCAGCUGUCAGUUUAGGUUUGGGUUUAAGUCUCUUUUAACCAAGUUUAAUCAGACAAUGGAUUAGCAUUGUUGGAAACAAGUGGCCUUUACUGGAAUCCAUAAAUAUAAUGUGACAUUAGUCUCCUGACUUGACUGAGAUGAAAUGGAAUGUUUUCCAAAUCCACAAUUAUGCUUUACCGUUUAAAUGUACUUUGUUCUUUUUUUCUAUCUAGUUCCUAUAAACACAAACACGCCAGUGGCAGUCAGCUUUGAGAAAGCACCGUCUGUCCUGGUCCCCCUGAAGGUGCACUCGCCACCAAAAGGAUACCAGAUGUACAUGACCUGCGCCAUCCGGGGAUGCCCCACACCAAGCGUUACAUGGCACCUGAACAACGUCUGCAUCAAUGGUGACAGCAACUACUACAUCACCAACUCGUACGGCGUGUGCUCCAUGUACAUCCUUAGGGUCAGGCCCAAGGACGCCGGAGAAUACAAAGUUGUGGCAGUUAACUCCUUCGGCAAGGCAGAGUGCUCCACUAAACUUGUUGUUAAAGGUAAGCCUCUGAAAAGACGUAUUUCUAUUAUAGAAGUGAUGUCUGUGUUGAUUUGGAUACAAUUUUUGUGAUUAUUUCAUUACUAAUUUUCUUUAUUUUCUCUCUUUGUUUUUUUUCUUCACAGACUAAAUCACAUUGAUGAAUUACCUUGGAUGUUUUCUUCUGCUCUCCUUGAUUCUAUGUAGAAAAAUAUAUUUAUUUAAGGAAUAUUUGAAUAUGUUAAGUAAUAUUUGAAUAUGUUAGAGUUUUGGUACAUGUAUGCUGGAUACAUGACUACAUGUUGUGUAUUACUCAUUAGUUAUGUUACUGGCCAACUUAUCUUCAGUUGUCUGACAGACUUAGCUAAUAUUUGUUUUUUUGUUCCAUUUACUAUAUUGACUGAAUUAUUUAUCUCAAAUGAUAAGUAAAUUAAAUUGAAGCAUUAAGUCAUUAUCAAGAAUAGCACAAUCUUUUUGUUUCUUUGAGAAAUUCAAAAAUGUACUUUAGAAAAAUACAAUAAAUACAGCAAUUGGCAUUCUGGUCUGAUGACUUUUCCUU